AUGCUGUCGAGCGCGGGGCACUCCAUGUCGGCACACCACCAACAGCAUCAGGCUCAUGGCCACGGCCACGGCUAUGCUGGACAAUCUUAUGCCAAUCCCCUCGCCCACACUCAGACCCUGCACCACCACAACAACAAUAUCACUCCCAAUCCCAAUACCAAUUCCACCACCAAUAACAACCACCACGGCUCACAGUUGAGGCCGUCGCCCCUCUCGUCCCAGGACAACCUGCCCAGGGACCUGCAGCACCUCAACGCGGUGCAGGCCGUCAAUACCCACUAUUCGGCCUCGGCGUCGUCCCCGUCGCACUCGCACUCGCGCUCAAACCCAAACCUGCACUUGGGCCUGACCAACAACAGCAGCCUGAGCAGCCUGAACCUGAACCUGGCCUCUCCCUCCGUGUCGACCUCGGCCCUGAUUUCGACGAACUCGAGCUCUAACAACUUGACCUCGACUCCGAACCACCAGAAUCAAAGCCAGAACCAUAAUCAAACCCAGAACUCGUCGCCGACCUCGUCCUCGACCCCGUCUUCUCGCCCAAACGGUCUGGCUCUCGCCCACAACCAGGCCCAGCUUCACGCCCACGCCAACCACUCGCACUCCCUCUCCCACCCUCCUCCCACCCUCGGCGCCAUUCCUCCUCCUCCUCACUCCAACUCCCACCAGCACAAGCUGAGGCGUAUGCCGAACCUGCCCGACCAUCACCACCGCCGAUCGGGCAGCCUCAGCAUCGCAAACUCCCUCCCGAACAACCCCACCAGCGGCAGAAGCAGCAGCAGCAACAUCCACAGCCACGCCCACAGCGGCUCGCAUGCCUCGACCCCAACCGCUAUGCCUUCAAUAAACGCGAUCGCCGCUGGCCCAGGCCCAUCACGCGGCUCUGCUGGUGGUCCUGGUCCUGGCGGGGGUGCAAGUGGUGGUGGUGCCGGGGGCGGCUCUCAGGCUGGCUUCGACGGCCCGAGGAGUCCUCCAAGGAAACUGCGUGUCAACUAUGGCAAGAAUGGCGUCACCGUCACGCCCCUCAACUUCGGCAGCCGCCUGAACCCUCUCGCCUACGGCCACCAGGCCUCUAACUCGGCCCUCACCACCUCCUUCAUGCGCGCCGAAGCUGCCCCUCCAUACACGACGUACACGGCUGCCACAUCAGACGAUCGUUAUGGCCACGUCCUCGGAAGACAGACGAGCUUGGACAAUGGCCUGCCUACUAUAGACACACAGUACAGCGGGCCCGCCUCACCCUACGGCUCACCACACGGCGGCGAGGACGCCAUCCGCACGGGGUUUGGCCUGUCCCCCAUUGCAGCGAACAAAGGACUCUCCGUCCUCGACGCUCCUCUGCCUGCCUCCUUCGACAGUAACGGCAUCUCCCACGCCGCGCGCUACGGCCCCUGGCCCGCCUCCGUCCCUAAUAAGUUCGGACUCGAGUCCCCGACCCCGUCGCUCAGCAACGCCAAGGACAGCCGGACAUCCGAGACCCUCAAGAUGUUGCACACGUCCGCCUUUGGGUCCAACGAGCACCUGUCGCCCAGCCACCUUGGCGGGGACGUCGAUGCCAUGGGGAGCAGUCCGCCCAUGCAGCCCAUCGGCGAGGAAUUUUACGGCAGGCGCGCCAUGCACAGCAGCUCGGGCAAAUACGCGAAGCCGAGGCACCUCAGCGCCAGCGUGCCCAAGGUCGACCGUGACUGGGAGGAUAAUUUCCUGUUUCUUGAGGAAGACUACGUGCCCGGCGAGCUGGCCAACGACCUGCUCACGCCUGCGGAGAAGGCCCGCAGGGGUAGUGUUAGGGUGGUCGAGGGAGGUUCCGAACAGCACUCGGGCGAGAACUCGGCCUCGAAAUACGGCAGCCCGAUCGGCGCAUCCAGUCCCAGCCGGUGGGGACCACUGUUCCAGCGGCAAAAGGAGGAGGAUGGUGGACAGUCCGCGCUCGGCAGGAGCCUGAAGAGCGCCGGCGCGUUUGGCCACGUUGGCAGCCCUCUGCGCAACUCGAGCCUUGCCAAUGGCAUCGACAUGAUCGGCGGACUGAACGGCAACAGCAGCAGGCCUAGCCUCUCCGGGAGCCGGACCGCUAGCGGUGGCGCUGAUAGUCUUUCGGCCCUGACGCAGCAGAUCCAGAACACGAGGAUCAACGACGAGAGGACCACGAGUUUGUCGUCCAGUCCGCACCUCCACCCCGGCAGCGCGGCGAACACGAGGCAACCGAGUGGCGUGGGGGCGCACACCGGCGCAGGCGUAAUCGGGUCCUCAAACGGCAGGAACGAGAGGGACCAGAGGGCGCUCGAGAGGCACAUCAGCAGCGGGUCGAUUGGUUCCAGCGCUAACGGCAGGUUCACGACUCCGAUCGACGAGGAGGACCCGAGCUUCGUGUUCAGCAUGGAAGACGACGAUGACGGGCAGAAGGCGAGGAAACGCAUGUCGGGUGGGUUCGGCCUGGGCGGAGGAGGUGGCUGGAGCUAUGCUGCUACGGCCACGGGCAAGACUCCCGCUGGCAACAAGAGCUCCGCCGUCGAGACCCGCUGA